AUGGGUGAAGAGAAGGUUAGUAAGAAGAAGCAGAAGGCGCUUUUGUUUAGAAAGUCUAAGGAUGAGCGUGAACAGGAGCAGGCCGUGAAAGCUGAAAAGAAAGAGCAAAAGGUUAAGAAGGAAGAGGAGGAGAGUGUGAAGAGAAAGGCUGAGGAAGAUGAGCCUGAGCAGCCUAAGAAGAAGAGAAAGACGAGAAGAGGUAAGAAAGGUAAGGGUGUUAACGACGGCAAAGGACCCAGGUUUCUUCUUUUCGUGGGAAACCUCCCGUACGAUAUCCAGCAGGCCGAGUUGGUGGCCCAUUUCAAGAACGCUAAUCCUGACAGGAUCAGGAUCAGAAAGGAGAAGGGCAUUGCAUUUUUGGAGUUUGAUAACGAUAACAGCGAGAUCCAGAGUAAAAUGGAGCUUGCGCUAAGAAUGCACAAGUCGACGCUUCGGAACAGAAAGAUCAAUGUGGAGCUCACGGUUGGUGGAGGAGGUAACUCUGAGGCUAGACAGCAGAAGUUGAAGGAUAAGAACGAUAAGUUGGAGGAACAGAGAAGAGAGAGGAUCAAGAAGCAGGCGGAGGCCGCCAGGGCGGAAAAGAAGGAUGACGACGCCGAAAAGCCAACCACUGGUCAACCAUCGAUGCAUCCAGCCAGAGCAGCUCUUCUCAAGUGA